AUGAUUGAUUUUGAUGACCAAGAGCGGAAGAUGCUUCGAACAUAUUUUGAUGCUCUUGACGAUGACGGUUCCGGAUCUAUAGAUGUCACUGAACUCGAGGAGGUUAUGGUGGCCCUAGGACUGGCGGAAAAGUCCUCAGAUGUGGAGAAAAUGGUUGCUAAUGUUGACGAAGAUGGUUCUGGGGAAAUCGAAUUUCACGAGUUCCUUAGGAUAGUGUUCAAAUCUUUGAUUCGUGGCGACCUCGGCGACACCGAAAACAUUGGCUUCAAGCUCCUCACGUCUGCGUAUCGACGGAAGAGAAUUAUGGAUGCAAUGAUGGGGAAGAAGGAGUCGGCUCAGCAGUUCAACAACAUACGUCUUAUAACUCGGCUUUCUCUGAUGAACGGCCGCAAGUUAGCCGCAGCUCACUCGAUUUCUCGAGAAUCGCUUUCGUGA